UGAAUCGCUCAGUUGGACACCGCCAGUGCACUGAUAGAUAGCGGGUAACAGACACGCUGGUCUGAUUCGCUGCUGGUUGGAUGGUGAACCGUGUUGGUGGUGUUUGCUGAAGAUCGGAGGGGAGGACUCGCCCAGCAGCGUCUUUCUUCAGCCGGGUUUAGGAGGAAGCGAGAUCAGGUUAAGAGAGUCAAGAUGAACAGUGGUGGUGUUUCUAAGUCCCAUGUGAUUCUCAGCUACAGUCCUACAGCCCUCCUCUCACAGUGGGGUCAGGCCCUCGGCUCAGCGCAGCUGAUGUCAGCAGUACGGGAUGGUCCGUGGAAAGGCCUGAGCUCAGCAAAGAAGGUGGCCCUGGCUGCAGGCCUUUCUGUGGGAGCCACAGUGGGCUACAUAGUUUACAGGCACAUUAGGAGCUGCAGUGCAGAGUGCCACAAAACAGAGGAGUCCAGGCUUUCAGUGCCCCUUGAUGUAUACAGAUCUAUUUCAAGACACCAGAGCACAUUUCUGGAUCUGGUGAAUCAGCAGUCUGGUGCUCAGGUAAAUGUACUGUCUGAUUUGGAGAAGCCGAGCUCCGUCUGCUUCCUGCUCCAGGGCACAGCUGAGCAGAUCCUCCUGGCGAAGUGUACUCUGGAAAAACUUGCUACCGACUGUGAGGUGAUCAGUGAUGUGAUCGAGGUGCCACAGACGGCGUUUGGGAGGAUCAUAGGUCGUGGUGGUGAAACCCUGAAAUUAAUUAGUCGAACAUCUGGAGCUCGGGUAAAUUGUCAACGGGAUCGUGGCCAAAGCAUGGAAGAGAAGGGCAAGGUCACAAUUUCGGGAACGCGUCAAGAAGUACGCCGUGCCAAAGAUUUGAUCAUGGAGAAGGUGCAGGAGAACGAGACGGUACGAAAGCGGAUAAGCCAGUCUUCAGCUCUACGCCAGAAAAGGAAACCCCCAGAACUGGAGCUCAUCCACAAGCUUCAGGGCCCAGACACAGACCUUACUCAGACCAUCAACAGCGAGGACCUGCUGUCCCCAGCUACUGACUCCAGAUUUCUUCAGACCAGUGUCUCCAAUGGGUUUCCCAGCAGUGGUGACCAAACUGCUGAAAACUCCUUUAAAUCAGAUGAGGAGGAGAUUCUGUCACCAGCUUCACCAUUAGAAGUCUCUAAGUUUGAAAUUCCCAGUCCAGACCUGAGCUUCCAGCCUGGUGAACAUUUAGAAGUGUACGUGUCUGCAUCAGAGAACCCCCAGCACUUUUGGAUCCAGAUUGUAGGAGUUCGAUCUCUUCAACUAGACAAACUGACGGCUGAGAUGAGCCGUUUCUACAGUGCCGACACUUUACAGGAGCACAGAGUGGAGGCCAUAGUUGUUGGGGACAUUGUGGCUGCUCCUUAUCGGGACCACGGCACGUGGAACCGGGCACGAGUGUUAGGAAUUCUAAGCUCUGGUCUGGUUGACCUGUACUACGUGGACUUUGGGGACAAUGGAGAGCUGCCACGAGAUCAGCUAUGCAGCAUGAGGAGUGAUUUCCUGAGCUUGCCCUUCCAAGCUAUCGAGUGUAGUCUGGCAGGGGUGUGUCCAUUAGGAGAGGUCUGGACAGAGGAGGCUCUGGAUGAUUUUGAUCGAAUGACGUUCUGUGCACAGUGGAAGCCUCUACUGGCCAAACUGUGCAGUUACUCUCACUCAGAGAUGUCCUCCUGGCCCAAUGUGAAGCUGUAUGAUAACCGGCAAGGAAAGAUUGUAGACCUGGGUGAGGAGUUGAUCAGGUUGGGCCAUGCAGUGAGCCAUCAAGAUGAGGGCAGUGAGCUGAGAGAUGGAGAUGAGCCCAGAUCUCUGCAGAAGAUGUUGGAUGACAUGACCGGGGCAACAUCAGAAUUAAGUAUGUCCUGCAUCAGCUUGUCAGGUUCUACACCUACAUGGGUGAGACAGCAUCAGACGUGGUCUUCUGCAGCCAGCCUGAGCUCUGUGGAAGUAGAGCGAGCCGAUGUGGACCAGAUUCCCUCAGUUCCUGACAGAUUUGUGCCGUCUACCUCCUCCCUUAUCCAGUCCACUCCAUCUCAGAGCCUGGGUGAGCUGGUCAGCCAAGUCAUAGGGCUGUCCAGCUCUGCUUUGAGUCCAGUGGACCCUGAUCCGCCAGGCACUGGCACUAAGCCUGUUCAGAAUCCAUUAAUCUACUCAGACAUCUCAUCAGCAUCAGCAUCCACAUCCACAGCUUCCUCUUCAUCCCCUGUAAAUGCAGUAGCAUCAGCACUAGGUUCUGUCACCCUCUGUGAUGAUGUGUUUCUUGAGACAUGUGACCACAGACGUGUAACGGCUUCUUCUUCAGAGCCGAUGGGCCUGGAGUCUUCUCUGAGCACUUGCAGUGAGAGUGUGUGUUACAGCACUGAUGGCGGCAGCAGCAGCAGCACUAGUAACUCUAGUGAUGGAGUACGAGGUGUUUGGUACUACCUCAUGUCCUCUAAGGGUUCUUCUAUGGACUCCUCACUCAACACUACCAUGCCUGCAUCGUCCAUCACCAGUUCGUCAUCCUCCUAUCCAUCCUUCUCGUCCUCCUCUGCGACCGACUGCGAAGACACGACCUCUGUGACCUCCCCCUCUGUAGUCUGUCUCAGCUCGGACUUCUCAGAGACUACCGACGAUGCUGAGAUGCUGUUGGCAGAUGCACCUGAAGCGACUGAAUCUGACCAAUCGCUUCAGAAGAAGUAUGAUUGCAGUGUUGUCUGUCUGUCUGACUCCAGUAUUUGCAGCAGUACUGGAAGUGAUGUACUGUUUGUUGGCUCACACAAGUCAACAUCUAAGGCUUUCGCUGAAGGUAACAGUAAGGAUUCUCAGGCAGUUGAUAAAAAAAAUGAACUGGGCCAUGCUGAAAACGCGAGUGAAGGGACGAAGGAGAUUUGUGAACAAGCUGGAGUGGAAGAAAGGAGAAGAACAGAAGAUGAAAGCAAAUUGGGGAAAAAAAGUGGAGAUCAACCCAUAAAAGAAGUUGCUUCAAUAUCUGGAAGUGUGGACGAUGUCCUCGAAGAAGAAUUUGCCUGAUAAGAGACCAAAGACAUGUAUGCCUUCAUUUUGAGACCACCUGUGACCAUGAUGCUGACACGAAGUUAAUGUUUCCCACUAUGCAGCUGGGAGUCUCUGACUGUGCUAUAUGUUGUUGUUUGUUUGUUUGUUUGCUUUUUUGUCUGUUAUAAUGCACACAGGGGUGCUGAUUUCUCAUCAUGAAGUUUACCUCCUCCCUAAUCUAAAAUGUCUGUAGUGGUAGAUCUCCAGGAGCAGGGAUGAGCACCCCUGCUAUAAGAGUUAAUAUUUGCCCAGCCCGUCUUUGUUUUGCAUCGAGCUGCUUGAGAACAGUUAACUGAUGUCCAGAUGAGGAGCAGAGCUCAGGGAAUGUGGAAUGUGUACUCGACAGGAAGAAACCUCAGUAUUUCCAUAGUUUGCACUUAGAUUUUGGGUUUUUGUUUGGUACUGUCUGAACUUUUACUGUAACACUGUUAUUUAUGUUGUGCAUUUCACAGUUUGUUUGUGUUCAUUAAGAGAUGUACCGCAAAUAAAAUUAAAUAAAGAUUAUUAUUCUAUUCAGUA